UCCCGCGGCCUAUGUUAAUGAAAGGGGGUGUUUCCAUCUUCGGGAGCUCGGCUGCCUGUGAGCGGAGGUGCACGCCAGCGGCCAGUGGCGGUAGUGUCCAACACAUGUCCAUCCUUGGCUUCAGGACCGCAUCUGGUUGCUUUGUGGAAGGACAUCACCUGCCACCCCAUAGACCUCCCACUUAUACAAGACCUGACCAGCAUUUCAACACAUCUUUUCAGAUUUUGUGAUUGACCAGGUUUAUAGGGCUCCCUUGAGUAUGAACACAUAAUGAAGCGCCGACUGGAUGAGCAAGAAACACCUUAUGCAUCUCAGCAACGUCGGAUUGCAAGCAACGCUGAAACGUUUUCACACCAGCAUCGAGUACUAGCCCCAGCACCCCCUGUCUACGAGGCUGUAUCGGAGAACAUGCAGCCGACAGCUGGCAUUCAGUACUCGGUCACACCAGGAUAUCAGGUUUCAGCAAUGCCUCAGAGCUCUGGCAGUCACAGCCAUACUCCUGCUGUACAUAGUGGCCACCAUCACACUGCGUCAGUUCAGCCCCACGGACAGCAGGUGGUAUCCCAGAGCCAUGCCCAUCCUCCAGGAGCACCAGCCACACCAGCCCAAGGACAACAGCAGUUCCAGAGGUUAAAGGUGGAAGAUGCUUUGUCAUAUCUUGACCAGGUGAAAUUACAAUUUGGAAACCAGCCUCAGGUUUACAAUGACUUUCUAGAUAUCAUGAAGGAGUUCAAGUCUCAGAGCAUUGAUACCCCUGGGGUGAUUAGCCGGGUUUCUCAGCUCUUCAAAGGGCAUCCUGACCUCAUCAUGGGCUUCAACACCUUCCUGCCUCCAGGCUAUAAGAUUGAGGUGCAGACUAAUGACAUGGUGAAUGUGACAACACCUGGGCAAGUCCAUCAGAUCACUCCUCAGCAUGCUGCCCAGCCGCAGUCUCAGCAACAGCACCAGCAGCAACCCCAGCAGCACGCUGCACCUGCACCGGCACAGCCAGCACCACAACCACCACCUGCCAAAAUCACAAAGCCACUGCAGUCACAGACACAUACACCAACCAGCCAACCAAAUGCAUCAAUGGCUCCAUAUGCCUCUCCCCGGUCACCUCCAGUGCAACCUCACACUCCAGUCACGAGUGCUCACACUGCUACGCCACCCAUGCAGAACAAUCAGCCUGUGGAGUUCAAUCACGCCAUCAACUAUGUCAACAAGAUCAAAAACCGUUUCCAGGGACAGCCUGACAUCUAUAAGGCCUUUCUGGAGAUCCUACACACGUACCAGAAGGAACAACGGAAUGCAAAGGAAGCUGGUGGAAACUACACACCAGCAUUGACUGAGCAGGAGGUAUAUGCCCAAGUAGCAAGGCUCUUUAAAAACCAGGAGGACCUUCUGUCAGAAUUUGGCCAGUUCCUGCCCGAUGCCAACAGCUCUGUUCUGCUGAGUAAGACAACAGCAGAGAAAGCUGACUCAGUCAGGAACGAUCAUGGCAGCACAGUGAAGAAGCCUCAGUUGAACAAUAAUAAGCAAAGAAGCAACCAGAAUGGCUGUCAGAUCCGUCGCCACUCAGGCACUGGAGCCACUCCACCUGUGAAAAAGAAACCAAAGAUGUUGGGAUUGAAAGACCAGUCCCUGGCUGAGGUCAAUAAGCAUGGAGCUGGAACAGAAACCUUGUUCUUUGAAAAGGUUCGGAAAGCACUGCGGAGUGCAGAGGCUUAUGAGAACUUCCUACGCUGUCUUGUCAUUUUUAAUCAGGAGGUGAUUUCUCGCGCAGAGCUGGUCCAGUUGGUGUUUCCUUUCCUGGGAAAGUUUCCUGAGCUCUUUGUGUGGUUUAAGAAUUUCCUGGGUUAUAAGGAGUCUUCCCACAUUGAAGCAUUUCCAAAGGAGAGAGCUACAGAGGGUAUUGCAAUGGAAAUUGAUUAUGCUUCUUGUAAACGACUUGGUUCAAGUUAUCGUGCUCUGCCCAAAAGCUUCCAGCAACCCAAGUGCACUGGCAGAACUCCUCUUUGCAAAGAAGUUUUAAAUGAUACGUGGGUGUCCUUCCCCUCCUGGUCUGAAGACUCCACCUUUGUCAGCUCAAAGAAAACACAAUACGAAGAGCACAUCUAUAGGUGUGAAGAUGAGAGGUUUGAGCUUGACGUUGUCUUGGAAACGAACCUAGCAACGAUCCGUGUCCUAGAGACUGUUCAGAAGAAGCUGUCACGAAUGUCAGCAGAUGACCAAGCUAAAUUUCGUUUGGAUAACACCCUUGGAGGCACUUCAGAAGUGAUUCACCGUAAGGCUAUUCAGAGGAUAUAUGCAGACAAGGCUGCAGACAUUCUUGAUGGCCUGAAAAAGAACCCUGGUGUAGCUGUUCCUAUUGUGCUGAAAAGGUUAAAAGCAAAAGAGGAAGAAUGGCGAGAAGCACAAAGAGGUUUCAAUAAGAUUUGGAGAGAGCAGAAUGAGAAGUACUACUUGAAGUCCCUUGAUCAUCAGGGAAUCAACUUCAAACAGAAUGACACCAAAACUCUGCGCUCUAAAAGUUUGCUCAAUGAGAUAGAGAGCAUAUAUGAUGAGCGACAAGAACAGGCAUCUGAAGACCAUGCACAUGUGCCAUCUGGUUCUCACUUAACCUUUGUUUAUGAGGACAAGCAGAUCAUGGAGGAUGCAGCCUCCCUCAUUAUCCAUCAUGUCAAGCGGCAAGCUGGGAUACAGAAGGAAGAUAAGUACAAAAUCAAACAAAUAAUUUAUCAUUUCAUCCCAGACCUUUUGUUCGCUCAGCGAGGUGAGCUGUCAGAUGUAGAGGAUGAGAAAGAAGACGAGGAAGAUGAAGAGAUGGACAUUGAUGAGAGCACAGGGGCAACCAAAAAGCACAAUGGCAUCGGCGGUAGCCCACCCAAGCCAAAACUUAUGUUCAGCAACACGGGAGCACAAAAAUUGCGGGGCAUGGACGAUGUGUACAACCUAUUCUUUGUGAACAAUAACUGGUACAUCUUCAUCCGGCUUCACCAGAUCCUAUGUUCACGACUCCUGAAGAUCUACAACCAAGCGGAGAAGCAGAUUGAGGAGGAAUGCAGAGAAAGGGAACGGGAAAUGCUGACAGGAAAACGAGACAAAAAUGACAGUCCUGCUAUUCAGCUUCGGUUAAAGGAACCAAUGGAUAUUGAUGUGGAAGACUAUUACCCAGCUUUCCUUGAUAUGGUGCGGAACCUUCUAGAUGGCAACAUGGAUUCCUCCCAGUAUGAGGACACCCUUCGGGAAAUGUUUACUAUUCAUGCAUUCAUUGCUUUUACAAUGGACAAACUCAUUCAGAGUAUAGUCAGGCAGCUGCAGCAUAUUGUGAGCGAUGAAAUCUGUAUACAGGUGACCGACCUCUAUCUAACGGAGAGUGGUAACUGUGCCACCGGAGGUCCCUUGGCAACCACAUCCUCCCGAACUGCUAUUGAAAGCAACUACCAGCGCAAGGCUGAACAGCUCUUGUCAGAUGAGAACUGUUUCAAGCUUACGUUCAUACACAGCCGAGAACAAGUGUCUUUGACCAUUGACCUGCUGGACACUGAAGAGGAAAACUCAGAUGAUCCUGUGGAAGCAGAGCGCUGGUCAGAUUUUUUGGAUCGUUACAUGAAUUCAGAUUCUACCUCUCCUGAACUACGGGAACAUCUAGCACAGAAACCUGUGUUCCUGCCAAGGAAUCUACGUCGAAUUCGCAAGUGCCAACGGGGUCGGGAGCAACAAGAAAAAGAAGGGAAGGAAUGCAGCAAUAAGAAAUCUAUAGAGAAUACUGAGAAUUAUGAUAAAGCACAGUGCAAUUUUAAACUCAACUCUUACAAGAUGGUGUAUGUCUUCAAAUCAGAAGACUACAUGUACAGGAGGACUGCACUGCUUAGGGCUCGUCAGUCUCAUGAGCGAGUCAGCACACGGCUACAUCAGCGAUUUCAGGCCUGGGUGGAUAAAUGGAGCAAAGAGCACGUGACUCGUGAAAUGGCUGCCGAAACCAGCAAGUGGCUGAUGGGCGAGGGAUUGGAAGGCAUGGUGCCUUGCACAACCACCUGUGAAAAGGAAACACUGCACUUCAUGAAAAUCAACAAAUACAGGGUGAAAUACAGUGCAUUAUUUAAGGGGCCGUGACCAACCCACACAGCAGGUCCUCCCCUCGCUCAGCGUGCCCAUCUUGUGGCAUCUCGUCCAAUGCCACCCACCAGCUCCUUCAAAAAAAUUAAACACUGCUAUCUUUUUGUAAAUACUCUGUACAUAUUGUCAACAGACUUUUUUUUAAAAAAAAGAGAAACAAUCUGCAUCAAUGUGCUAGCAUCACUUACUAGCUUAUUGUGUAUCAUAGUAUGAGGUGGCUUGAAGUUAGUUGAUAUGGAAAAAUGAGGCACCAUUAUUAAAGUUUUUACCAAAGGGAUUUCAGAGUAAUUGUAGCUUUCUUUACAUGUGAAUUUCUGUUAGUGAAAAAAAUAUUUCUUUAUGCACAGAACACUUGCAUCAUUUAAGUGUCCCUGUGCAGCAUGCCAUCACAUAGUGCAUUUUGGCCUUUUUUGUUUUAAGUUUUAAUUCAAGUUUGCUCGUCUAUAACAACUGGACCAAACUUCAUGGCAGACGUUAUUUGAACUGUCCGAUCACCUUUUCUUUCUUUUUGGAAACAUUGAACUCUGGGUCUCUGAGGGUAACUUACCUAAGACCUUUUUUUAAAAAUACCUGCCUUAGUCUUCCAAACACAAUUUACUUCCUUUUGGAAGUCUGAUAGACUGCUGGUUCCAGUUUUAUACAGUAUUUGACCCCAUGGAAUAGUAGUUUCAGGUAUUAAAAGAUGUUAAUGAGCAAGUGGUUGACUGACUUUCUAAUGUGACAGCUGACCGGUUAGUAUACAGUUUUUUUUUCCAGAUGUUCAUCAGUAAUUAGUAAUUCAGUUGCGGUUGACACAGUCCUUAAGUUUUUGUGCUGCUUUUUUUACAAGUUACAGUAAAAGUGAUUUCAUGGUUUGGGCAUUUUAUUUUGAACAUUUUUUUUGAAGCAUUUUGAGUAUAGCAUUUGAAGCCUCUUAUGAACACAGUUGAUACUAUUGGAAGACGAUGAAACACAUUAGGUGUUUUUUUUAAACAUGUCACAAAGAAGAGCUUAGCUGAAUUUUGAAAGACUUUCUAUGAGCCUUAAAUUUGAUUGGUUAGAACAUUCACUGCUGUCUGUCGUAUGUUGAAAAGUGCUCUGUAAUAUCUGAAACACCUGACUGUUAAUUAUGAUGCCUCUGGAAAUCAGUUUUAUACAUUUGAUAACAAUUUUUCCCUCCCACAGCCCCUCCGACUUCUGCCUUCAUCUUAUUUUAAAGUUAUUUUUACUUGUUGAAACAGGAUUUUUUUUAAAGUUAUGAGUUUUUUUGAUGAGCAGCCAUACAUCUCGUGAAUUUCAUUUUUAUAAGCGACCUUUCCAGAAUAUUCUGGACUUGUUACUGCUCUCUCUCAAUUAGCCAUGCAAUUGAAAAUUCUGUUUUUGACAACAGCAGACUGGUAGUUGGGUGAAAUUGGUCCACAUAAGGAGUUUGGCCAUUUUACGGAUUUCUUUGUAAAUCAGGUAAAUUAUUUUCUCCCCUCCUCUGUCUACUGAUGUGGAUCAGCAGCUUUUGUUCCCCAGGACAAACCAAGUAGUGGUUUGGCAAGUAUUAGAAGAGCCAAUCUAAUCAAGGCAAGAUUUGGCUAACGGCAGCUGAAAAAUCCUGUAACUAGUUUCUGCUCAACCACUCAUCCAGGUGUCGAUGUUAACCUCCAAUUGUCCAUUUAAAAUGUUGCAUCUGUUCAGAUAGCCACUGUGCUCAAUGACAUUGUGAUCAGACAAUGUCAGAGAUUGACUUGUACAGUUUGCCCCAGCAACCUCUCUAUUUUCACUUUGUAAAGUAUAAGAGGCAGGGCUUUUAAGCCAGCUUGUACAAUGCAUAUAUAUUGCUUUUUGUAUUCUGUACUGUGAUCUUUAGCCAUCCACGUGUGAUUUCUAUACAGAAGUUGUACACUUGACUUGUAGUUCAGUAUUUCCCAUUAAAAUAUCGCCAGGGCUGAAUUCUGGCUGUCUUGUGUGAAGUGUAUUAUUUUUUUUCUUGGAUUUAUUAUAGGUAACUUUAAAUAUGUAAUCAAAAUAA